AUGAUCCACAGCCUCUUCCUCAUCAAUGGGUCUGGUGACAUCUUCUUAGAGAAACACUGGAAGAGUGUAGUGAGUCGUUCUGUGUGCGACUAUUUCUUUGAAGCUCAGGAGAAGGCAGCAGAUGUGGAGAAUAUUCCUCCGGUUAUUCCCACCCCUCACCAUUACCUUAUCAGCAUUUACCGAGAAAAACUUUUCUUUGUGGCAGUCAUUCAGAAUGAGGUGACUCCACUUUUUGUCAUCGAGUUUCUUCAUCGAGUCGCAGAUACAUUUCAGGAUUAUUUUGGGGAGUGCUCAGAGACCUGCUUGAAGGAUAACGUGGUCAUUGUGUAUGAGCUGCUGGAAGAGAUGUUGGAUAAUGGAUUUCCUUUGGCAACAGAGUCAAAUAUCUUGAAGGAGCUGAUCAAACCCCCAACAAUCCUGAGAUCUGUAGUGAACUCCCUCACAGGGAGUAGCAAUAUGGGAGAAACUCUACCCACUGGACAACUGUCCAACAUCCCAUGGAGAAGAGCUGAAGUCAAGUACACCAACAAUGAGGCCUAUUUUGAUGUCAUUGAGGAAGUAGAUGCAAUCAUAGACAAAUCUGGUUCCACUGUGUUUGCUGAGAUCCAGGGAGUUGUGGAUGCCUGUGUCAAGCUCUCUGGGAUGCCUGACCUUACCCUGUCUUUUAUGAAUCCGCGGCUCCUAGAUGAUGUCAGUUUCCAUCCCUGUGUCCGAUUUAAACGCUGGGAAUCCGAAAGAGUUCUGUCCUUCAUUCCCCCAGAUGGAAACUUCCGACUCAUGUCUUACCGUGUUAGUUCACAAAACUUGGUUGCCAUUCCUGUCUAUGUAAAGCACAACAUUGUCUUCCAAGAAAGCAGCUCAAGUGGAAGAUUUGAUGUGACUGUGGGGCUCAAGCAGACCAUGGGCAAGACUGUGGAAAAUAUAGUAUUAACCGUACACAUGCCAAAAGUGAUCUUGAACAUGAACCUCACUCCAAACCAAGGAACCUACAUAUUUGAUCCUGUUACCAGAGUACUGAACUGGGAAAUUGGUAAAAUAACCACACAGAAGCUUCCUAACUUGAAGGGAAUUGUAUCUCUACAAUCAGGGGCCCCAAAACCAGAAGAAAACCCCAGCUUAAAUAUCAACUUUAAGAUACAACAGGUUGCAGUCUCAGGGCUCAAAGUGAAUCGGCUGGACAUGUAUGGAGAGAAAUACAAACCUUUCAAAGGAGUGAAGUAUCUGACCAAAGCAGGAAAGUUCCAGGUGCGCACAUAA